AUCAGUGCCAACAGCAAACACAAAGAUGCACGGCAGCACAGUCCAGAGGGUAACGAAAGCACCAGCAAGUCUUUCUGUGUCGUGGAUGUCUGCCCAAACUACGCCAACAAGUCCAUUUGGCUCUGAUCCUCAUUUUGUUACAGAAAACAUCUGGAAAGCCCAGAAUAAGAUUAAUUUAUUAUAUGAAAAACUGCAGACCAUGGCUGAGCACAGGAGAAAAGAGUUAGGAGAAAGGGUCCGACUCUACCAGUUCUACAGUUCCUGUGAAGAAUUUCGGUCUUGGAUGGAUGACAAAGAGAAAAUCGUUCAGACUAUUCAGCCAAAAGCAGAUAAUGUGGAGACUAUGCAGCAUAAAUACCAGAGUUUUCUAACGGAAUUGGCUACUGGGAAGAGGCAACUGGAUGAGAUCAGUUGCUUAGCAGAUAUGUUUUCAAAGAGCAGUCCUGGAAAACAGAAUGAGAUUCAUGUCCAUCAGAAAGAGAUAAAUGUGAGGUGGGAGCGCUUGGAAGCACUGAAAGACGAGAAGGGCUCAAUGCUGAUUGGCGUGGCUGACGUGAAGACAUUCCUUCAGGACUGCCAAGACACUCAAGGGCUACUACAAGACAAGAUGACCCACCUUGAGGACUUAGGACAUGGGAACAUGCCUGCUACUGUUCUGUUGGCUGAGGCGCGCAAGCUGACGAACUUUGAGCGUGAGGUCUUAGUGCUGGAGAGAAAAAUUGAAUACCUGAAGAGUGUCGCCAAAUCGAUCAAGGAUACCAAUCCCGCAGAGAGCAGGGCCAUAACAGAGCAGGUUGAAGAUAUGGAGGAACUCCUGUUAUUGCUAAAGUCAAAGGCAGAUGAGAAGGGGAAGGCUUUGCAAGUAGCACAGGACCAACAGGCCUUCCUGCAAGACAGCCGUCGACUUCUGUGGUGGGCAGAUGCCAUGAGAGAGAAAAUGGCCAGCGAGGAAAUGGGGGUAGAUGUGGCCUCUGCAGAGCUGCUGCUAAAGGGACACCAGGAUUUGCUGAAAGAGAUACACAGUCAAAACCACAGGUUUAAGCAACUGCAAGAGUUGGGUCAGAAGAUAAUGGAUGGCCCAUUCAACACCAAGGCUCUGGAAAUCUGUGAGUCUGUGCAAAAGCUUGCUCAGCAAAGGAAUGAGCUAGAUGAAUUGUGGGUAAAGCGACGGAAGAAGCUCCAGGAAGAUGUUGAACUUCAGAAAUUCAACAGAGAAAUCAAUGGCAUCCAUGCUGCUCUCUCAAGCCAUGAGGCCUUUCUCCGAACUGAUAAUCUUGAGGACCACAUUGGUUCUAUUCAGAGCCUCUUGAAGCGGCAUGAGGAUUUUGAACGAGUGCUACUGGUGCUGAAAAAGCGAGUAAAUGCAGUCAAUGAGCAUGGAUAUCAGCUGGUGGAAAGGGGCCAUUUUGCUUCUGACACGAUUGAGGAGAGAAUGGCUGCCAUACGAGAGAGAUGGAAAUUGCUAAUUAAUAAUAAUGAACAGAGGAAGAAGAGGCUACUAGCUUCUCUUCUAUUACAGGAGUUCACUCACGACACUGCUGAGCUCUCGAUGUGGAUGGAGGAGAAAUACAAGAUAGCAUCAGAUGAGUCCUACCGUGAGCCAACAAACAUACUACGGAAGCUCAAAAAGCAUGAAGCUGCAGAACAAGAAAUGAUGGCCAAUAAGAAGCAUUAUGUGGAGCUGAUGGUGGCUGGAAAACAGCUGGUUCAGGAUGGCCAUUAUGCUGCAGAUUCCAUUCAAGACAAAAUGUCAGUGCUGAAGAAGAAAUGGGAGAAGCUAUACAGCAAGAUGAUAGAGCGUGGAGACAAACUGAGGCAGGCCGGACAGCAAGAACAACUUAUGGAACUUCUUGAGGAUGCCGAAGAGAAGAUGGAGAAGGUUGAGAAGAGUCUUCGAGAUGCAGAGAUGGGCCAUGACAUGCGUUCUAGUCGCAAUUUGCUCAAGGAACACAGUCAGCUGGAAAAUGAGAUGCAGGGAUUGGCUGAGAAAAUGAGCUCAAUUGUGUUGCAUGCCAAGAAGAUGGCUACAAAUCAUUUUGACAGUGAAAGGAUUCUGAAUGAGACACAGAAGUAUUUGGAAUGGUUUGCCUCUCUCCAGGAACCUCUUGCUGAGAGAGGCCAGCUCCUUCAGGCCAGAGUGGAAUUGUUCCAGUUCUACCAUUACCAUGACAUGGAAAUGAAGUGGAUUAGUGAGCGGAUGUCAGUGGCCAAUUCCACAAACCGAGGCCAGUCCUUGAAUGUGGCUCAAAGCUUUCUACAGAAGCACAAGGAAUUGCAGGUAGAAGUGAAUGCUCACAAGCAGCAGGUCUCUAGGGUUUUGGAGAUGGGAAGAGCUAUGACAGAUAGCAAGCCUGUCCCAUCUCAGAGAGUAAAGGAAAAGUGCCAGGAACUGAGCAAAAGCUGGCAGGAGCUGGAGGAAGCAUGUGAGGAAAGAAUCAAGCAGCUACAGCAAUCUGUUGCCUUCCAUCAGUACUUAAUAGAUAUCUUGGACCUGGAGAGUUGGGUAGCAGAGAAGUUCCCACUGGUAACCAGCAAAGAGUGUGGCAAAGAUGGCGCUGCGACUCAAAAACUCAUUAAGAAGCAUAAGGCAUUGGAGCAUGAAAUCGACAUCUAUCAGAAUUUAGUAAUGGAACUAGGCGAAACUGCCAAAACGCUGCCCCUCUCUGGCUCCAUCCACUAUGAUGAAGUUGACGCACCUCAGGAACAAGUUCAAUCACAGAUUCAGGAGUUGCAAAAUAUGGCCAUAGCAAGGGGCAAAAGGCUGGAAGAGACUCUUACAUUGCAUGACUUUCUGAGGGAAUAUGAGGAUCUGGAAGAGUGGAUCAGUCAGCAGAAGCAGGUAGCCAGUUCCGAUGGCUAUGGGACCAGUUAUGAACAUGUCCUGCAUCUUUGUGCCAAAUAUGAAACGCUCCAGCACCAGAUGGAAGUUACUGCCAAGAGAGUUGCUGCAUCCUAUCAGCUAGCAGAGGAUAUGGUGGAUCGUGGCCAUUUUGAAUCCCGGGAGAUUCGGAAGAAACAGAAACAGUUGCGGAACAAUUGGGAUGAAUUGCUGGAGAUGAUAAAGUUUCAAGGCGAACGACUACAAGAUGCUGAGUCAAUACACAAGUGUCUGCAAGACCUGGUGGAAGCCCUUGUCCACACUGAGGAGAAGUCCAAGGCCAUCCCUGAUGAGAUUGCUAGAGACCUGGGUGGUGUACAGUCACUACGCAAACUUGCAACCCUCGAGCAUGAACUGUCUGGGAAUGAGCAACAGCUGCAAGAACUGAUUGAUGCUGCAGAUGGCGUGCUUUGCCGGUGCUCCAAAAGUCAAAUGCAGGAAAUACAAGAAAAGCAGCAGGCAGUGGUAGAGAACUGGGAGUCCCUGAGGUGCAAAGUGGAGCAGUGCAGGGAGCAGCUGGAACAAGCCUGCAGACUGUACCACUUUCAAACACAGGCACGAGACUAUUCCUCCUGGGCAUCAGAAAUGAUGAGAGAAACGAUGGUGAAGGACAAAAUUCGAGACCUAUCUACUAGUGAUCUGAAGCUGACUCAGCACCAGCAGCUGUUGGCAGAGAUUGAGGCCCGUGAUGACAUGUAUGAACGGGUGCUACGGCUGGGACAAGAACUGCUGCUGGAACAGAAAAUGCCACGAAAAGACAUCCAAGGCAUAUUGCAGGCACUGUUGGAAGAAAGACAUGUGUACCGCAAGUGGGCAGAGAAGAAGGAAUGGCUGGAGAAGAUCCACCUUCUGCAGAUGUUUUACAGGGACUGUGAGCACCUAGAAAAUAUCUCAAACUCACAAAGAGGUAGGUAAACGACAUAUUUGAAAAGCAGUGACUUUGGGAGCGCAGUGGAUGAGGUGGAACAGCAAAUCAAGAAACACGAGGCUUUUGAGAAGCUUCUGGCCUCUCAAGUUGAAAAGGAAUUGUCUCUUCAGGAACAAUCAAGAAGGCUGCAGCAGGACAGUGAACUGGAAAGAAAACAGAUCGAUCUCAAGCUCAAUGCCAUGUUAGAGAGAAGAAGAUUCAUCAAAGAUCUCUCUCAAAGUAGGCAAGAAAAACUGCAGAUAGCCCUUCUGCUGGCUCUCUUCUACCAAAAUCUGUCAGAGGCAGAGAGCUGGAUUGAUGAGCGCAUGCAAAAGCUGCGGACUCCAUCUUUCCAAAAUCUCAGCAACCUGAGUGACAAAAUGAAGCUUCUGCAGAAACAUCAAGUAUUUGAGGCUGAGAUUCUGGCUCACAAGGAUCUAAUUUCUACUGUUAACACGCAAGGAGAAGCCUUGUUGUGCCAGAAUCACCCUAAAUCAGGGGAAAUCCGCCGUAAGACUCGUUUGCUUCAAGAACGGUGGGAGACACUGAAAUGUGCUGUUGCCGCUCGUGGAAAGAUGCUCGAAGACAGUAGGGGUUUCCUGGAAUUUCUACAGAAAGUGGACCAUGUAGAGGCCUGGAUCAGAGACAAGGAAGUCAUGAUUAAUAUUGGUGAUGUGGGAAAUGACUAUGAACACUGUCUGCAGCUGAUGAAAAAGCUGAAUGAGUUCCGAGGAGCAUCAGGGGGAGUGACAGUGGACGAUGCCCACAUCAAAGCCAUCAAUGUCCUUGCUGUGAGGCUGGAGAGGGAGAAUAAGGAAGAGAUGAAAACAAUAUACCAACGCCGAAAGCAGCUGAAUGAGAGGUGGAACAGUUUCCAUGGUGAUCUCAAAUCAUAUAGAAGGAAGUUGGAAGGAGCUCUGGAGGUCCAUAGCUUGAUCAGAGAAAUGGACGAUAUCACCGAAAGAAUAAGUGAAAAGAGUGCGCUGAUACAAACACUGGGCUAUGGGAAAGAUAUGGAAAGUGUAGAAAACCUAAUUCGAAAACAUGAAGAAAUGGAGAGGGAAACUGGUGUCAUUCAAUCCAAGAUAGAGGCUCUGGAACUAGAAUCCUUUCCACUUUGCAAGAGGAAUCCAUCCCCCAUAACCGACAAACUGACUAUGAAGCAAAAGGAAAUGAAAAACAAUUGGCUACGACUUCAGGGCCAGACCAAGCAAAGGGGUGAGAAGUUGGCGGCCUCUUACCAGUUGCAGAAGUUUAAUUCUGAAAUGAAGGAACUCCUGGACUGGAUUCAAGAGGUCAAAGGUCGAAUGGAGGCUGGUGGUCUUCCUAGAAGUCUAGCUGAAGCAGAAAGUAUGAUCGAAGAACAUCAGGAAAGAAAGGAAGAAAUUGAAGCACGAGGGGAAAGGUUUGGGGCGCUCAGCAACUACGGUCAAACACUUGCCAACUCUGGUCAUUAUGCAACCCCUGAGAUCCACCAUUCCCUCGUCGGACUUCAACAGGCCUUGACUGAAAUGAUCCAGAUCUGGCAACAACAGAAUCUAAAACUGCUUCAAGCCAUGGAUUUGCAGACAUUCUUAGGUUAUGUGGAGCAGAAUGAAAGCUGGCUUAGCAGCAAAGAGGCCUUCUUAGCAAACAAAGACUUGGGGGAUUCGGUAUCCAGCGUGGAGAGCCUGCAUCAAAAACACAUGCAGUUUGAAAAGGCCCUGGAAACCCAGCUGGAGAAGAUUGACAUGAUGGCCUCACGUGCCCAGCAACUGAGAGACAACCAGCAUUAUGACUCCGAGAACAUCAUGAACAAGUGCCAAGCAGUUCUCAGAAGAAAGGAGAGGCUUCUGGAAGUUGCUUUAGCUCGCAGACGUCUGCUGGAGCAGUCGUGGCUACUACAAAAAUUUCUACGGGACUCCUUUGAGGUGGCUGCCUGGAUGAAUGAAAAAAACAGCAUUGCUCUGGAUGAGAGCUGGAGAGACCCAAGCAACCUUCAAGCCAAACUGCAAAAGCAGCAGACUUUCCAGGCAGAGAUUGUGGCCAACAGAAGCCACCUAGAUAGCAUCAAAGCUGAAGGAGAGAAAAUGCUCCAGGAGGGUCAUUGUGCUUCUGAUGCCAUCCAGUCCAGGCUGCAGGAAAUAGAUGAGCUUUGGGAUGAGUUGCUGCAAAACUGUCAUGAAAAGAGAAGGAAGAUGCAAGAUGCCUACAAGGCCUUACGUUUCCUACGCACUGUGGAUGAUGUGGAGAAAUGGCUGGAAGAUCUAGAAAGCGAGAUGAAAGCCCCAGAAAGCAGCAAUAAUUUACUGGUUCUGAAUGAUCUCCUGAAGAAGCAGGAGGAAUUGGAAGAAAGCUUUGCUGGCUAUAGAGACCAGGUGCAAGGCCUUAUCAAUGCAGUGCAAGAAUUUCAACAAGAGAAGCAUUUUCUGGCAGAUGAAAUAGAAGAGAGGGUUGACCAUGUGGUGCACAGGUACAAAAGUCUUAGGGAGCCACUGCAAGAGAGGCGGGGGGUUUUGGAGGCCAGCAGACUUCAGUACCAAUUUGUCCAGGAUGUCAAUGAGGAGUUGACCUGGAUUCAUGAGAAACUUUCCCUGGCAUCCUCCAGAGACUAUGGCCAAUCCCUUACAACUGUUCAGAGCUUACAAGAGAAGCACCAGAAUUUAGAAAACGAGAUUAGCAGCCACAACGCCUUAACUAAAGCGGUGAUCAGCACCGGGCAGAAGCUGGUGAAGGGAGGCCACUCUGCCUCACGGAACAUUAUGGAACAGGUGAAAGAACUGGAAGUUUCCUUGGACAACCUGAAGGGUGAGGCUCAGGAGAGAAGAAAGAGGCUCAUGCAAUCUUACGAAGCUCAGCAUUUCCUCACUGAGCUUUUGGAAGUGGAAUCCUGGCUGGCAGAGAGAGGACUACUCCUAGAAACCCCCGAUUAUGGGAGGAAUGAAGAAUCGACUCAGGCACUGCUCCGAAAAGUGGAGGCUGCCAAGCUGGACCUGGAAGGAUUCAAGCCCAGAAUGGAGAAGAUGAGGGAAACAGGAAUGCGCCUCUCAGCAAGCGACAACCCAGAGAGCUCCACUAUCCUUCCCAAGCUCCAGGGUGUUCUAGAAGAGUAUCUCUCUCUCCUGCAGAGAGCUGAGAGCCAAAUAAAAGCUCUGCAGGAGCAAUAUCAACUGCAUCAAUUUGAGAGGGAGACCCAGUUGGUGGAUGCCUGGCUUUCAAAAAAGCAGAGCACGGCUGAAUCAGAUAACUACGGUCAGGAUUUGGAGGAUGUUGAGAUUCUGGAGAAAAAGUUUGAAGAUUUUAUAAAGGAAGUAAGGUCUCUAGGGCGUGCCAAGGUUCUUCUGAUAAAUGACUUAGCAUCUCAGCUCAAAGGAGCAUGUCACAGCCAAAUAAGUGAUAUCCAGAAAGAGACUCAACGGGUCAAUGACACAUGGGAGAGAUUGCAGCAGGCCAUCCAGAUAAGGGCGGAGAAUCUCAGAGCUGCUCAUGAGGUUCACCAGUAUGAUCGUGAUGUGGAUGACCUAAAGGGUUGGAUGCAGGAGAAAGAGGCAGUUGUGGAUAGAGAUGAUUAUGGCUAUGACCUGCCAGCUGUGCAGACCCUCCUCAGCCAACAUGAGGGACUCGAGAGGGAAUUAGCAGUCAUUGCAAAAGAGCUGGAAAGGAUCAGGGGGGAGGCCUGGCGUCUUGGCCGCCUAUACCCUCAGCCCAGGAGCAACAUGAUGAAAAGACUAGCAGAGGCAGAUGAGUGCUGGGAGCUACUGGACAAGAAGUGUAUGGAGAGAAAGCAGAAGCUACAGCAGGCAGAACAUGUUCAGAUCUACUUCAAUGACUGCAGAGAACUAAUGGCCUGGGCCAAGGAAAUGCAAGCCUUGAUUAUUUCCGAGGAACUGGCCAAUGAUCUUCUUGGUGCUGAGCUGCUUAUUAAACGCCAUGAGGAACACAAGCAUGAUAUAGAGAUGCGAUGGCUGAAAUACGAAGACUUGGAACAAGCCGGAAACAACCUAUUGAAGGCUGGGCACUUUAUGUCCAUAGAGAUUGAAGAGAAGCUCUCAGAACUGUUGGAGCUAAUGAGAAUGGUGCGGGAAUGCUGGGACAUGAAGAAGGAUUUGUACGAGGAAAACUGGGAGAUCCAGUUACUGAGAAGAGAGCUGGACCUAGCUGAAGCUUGGAUGACAACCAAGGAGGGUUUUCUAUCAGAUCCUAGCUAUGGGCAUUCAGUCUCUGAUGUGGAGAACCUCUUGAGGAAACAUCAAGAUUUUGAAAAAAUUCUAAAGGCCCAAGAGGAGAAAUUUGCACAGCUGAACAGAAAGACAAAGAGGGAACUGAAACUACUGAAACAAAUUGAUGCUAAGGAGAGUGGACAACAAGAGAAAGGGAAAGUGAUCAAGGUUCCCUCUCUAAGAAGAAGACAUUCAGACAGGAGAACAUCUCACACAAAACAUCUUGAUCCGAAACGUACUCAACCAUUGCCAUCUAUAUCUUCUACGGACACGUUGAGGAUUCCCCUAGAAUGUGGUGUCUCUCCUACACAAAAGUCCAAAGAGAAUUUGCACAAAUGUGGCCUUGGAGAAGAUCUAAUGUUGACUGACUCCAGCCAUGUCAGUUCUCCUCCUUCACCAGUGUCGCUUAGCCUACAAAAUUCAGAUCUAGGAACUCAGAUUUCUUUGGUGCCCUCAUUACCCUCUGACCUAAAAAUCCAGCCAACCGACGAUGAUUUGGUGGUACCACACGCUAGUGAUUUCAAACCAUCAAAUAUGAAAAACGCAAAUGAUGGCACUCUCUGUGAUGUAGAAACCAAAAAAGUGAGGACUGUGCCCAGGAGUGAAUCAUUUGACAUUUACCCAACUUUGCCAUCCUUUGAUUUACCUCCUCAGAGAUCAGAAUCUGCUUUUCAGGUUCCUACAAAUCACCAGAGCAUGGAGGGUUUCCUAGAAAAGAGGGACCAGAUUCUUCCUGGAAGAAGACAGCCAAUGACAAGAGCUUGGAACAGAUAUUAUGUUAAACUUGGAAGACAAAAACUUGACAUCUAUAAAGAUGAAAAGGAAGCAUUACAGAAUACAACUCCAAUUUCAUCACUUAGUAUUGCUGGAGCCAAGUGUGAGAAGUUGAUGGAGUAUUCUAGGAAAGAACAUGCCUUCAGCCUAAGGUUGAGUGAUGGAUCAGAGUACUACUUUGCAGCACCUUCUCAGAAGCUAAUGGAAGGCUGGGUGCAAGCACUGUGGACUACAUUAGGCCACCAUAACAGCCUGCGUUCUCUACGGAAUGAACUUCUAGCAACUACAAAUGCAACAAGGCCUCAGAUAAAACCUUGGAUCUCUGCAGCUGGAAGUUCUGCCAACAAGGAGAUUACCAAAAGUCUGCUUCUCAGGAGAACACCUUCCUUCAAAGUUGCAAAAGAAAAAAAGCCUGUUGGAAAUCCCCAGGAAUCAGGAGAAUUGAUACAGGAUUUUAAUAUAAACUUUACUCAGGAUUCUGAAGAUUCUGAUGCUUCUUCUGUGCACUCUGUGGAGUCCAUUCCAAUAACACUGUUGAUGUCCAGUCUAUCAGAUCGUCCUCAAAGCUAUCACAAAACACAGCCUUAUCCUAAUGGAGGAAAGGAAGGAACUCUGGAUCAAGGAGUCCAAGGAGCCAAAGCUGAACCAAAAACUGAAGUAACCAAGAGCCUAGACGCUCUCCAGAACCCAGGGAGAACAGAGCCAGAGAUUGAUGUCACAAAGCAGAAGAAAAAGAAAGAGAAGAAUGUCUUCAAAAAGCUUUUUAGCAAGAAAUAAGAGUGGCAAAUGGAAGAGAGUGCUGCAGUUCUGUGGAUGUGCUGAGUUCUUCUUUUCACUACACCCUCUUGCCUUCACUAAGUAAAUAAAACAAAACAGUGCCACUGUCAAUAAUUCAGCACCAAUAUAUUUUAGACUGUAAACCAUAUGGACUGAAAAGCCAUAAGAGUGACUAUAGACUGGCUGCCCUCAGCAUACUUAUUUUUUUAGAGCGAAGUACUGCAAGAAAGGAAGACUUAAGCCUCCUUCACAUAUUAAGCAUGUGAAAGGGUCUUUGUGACUACAAAGAGCCAUUGGGACCCCUCUCCCCACUGCUGGCCCAUUCCUUUACAUUAGGCUGUUGCCAUCCAUGGAUUGUACAUUAAAAAUGCACUAUAGUAAGAGAAAAGCAUGAAUCUGUUUACGUUCUUUCAUUUUAAUGUUUAGAAACUGUUUUCCAGAGAGAACUAGGUUUUAGAUAAUACAUAGAAUGGAGACCGAAUUUUAUACUGAUGUUUUCUAGUUUAAACUAAUGGGAAACAUUUUUUCAUAUACCUCUUUAAAUAAAACU